CUUGAUACGCAGUGCAGGACGAAUGGACAACGUUGAGGUGGAGUGAAUAGGACGAGGUAGACACAAGGUGAGUGCCAGCGGCGACAUCGGCCCCUUUUGGGCACUCGUCCAUCAGGGCCAAGUGUACAGCCAUUCAGUUAUACAAAGCUUCGCAACUUUAUUUGAGUACGGCAAUCAUCCGACCUGGCUGCGACGUACAACCGACCCAUCAGACGAACAGAGGUCCUCACAGCCGGUUUGUAGGAAAUCCACCGCAUUUGCGUCAUCGGGCCCCUUGGCUCGUAUCAGCGGAUCACCAGCUGCAUGUUGACGCAGGAAUUUUCACCUUGGGUAACGGCAGAUCGUAUCCUCACAAGUGGUACGGCAGCAAGAAAUCAUGACCGUGGCACGUGCGAUGCCGUGGAUAGACCAAGAUGGAUAUUUGCACCGGUUACAAGGACACCGGUUAACGAUGACAUAAAGCCUAGAGAUUAAUCCUUUGGAGGACAAACCCAUCAGAUCCCCUUUCUUUCCCCCAUCUCCCUGCACACAAUCAAUGACGAUCGUUUCACUGGCAGGAAAGCAGAGCGAUGAGGAGAUCUCCUACGACAUGGAGACACUGGCAGAGGUCAUAGCGCCCGCGGCUGCGGAGCGCAUGGAGGAAGCUAAAGCAGGAAUUGUUCCUGAGAAGCACGACCACGAGCACCAUAUUCCUGAGGGAGGUGUCAAGGCUUGGAUGACCGUGGCGGGAGCAUGGUGGAUCUCCUCUAUUUGCUUUGGAUACGCCAACGCCUUUGGAGUAUACCAAACAUAUUAUGUCACAGAGCUCCUCCCUUCCUACUCGACCUCGGCGAUCUCAUGGAUCGGUUCCCUCCAGGCCUUCUUCCUGUACUCGACAGCUAUUGUUGCAGGGCCGAUGUUCGACCGUGGCUACUGCCGACACAUGCUCGUCGCAGGGAGCGUCCUCUUCGUCGGGUGCUUGUUCGCCCAAGCACAGGCACAGCGAGAUGCGUACUAUCAGAUCUUCCUUAGCCAGGGGCUAGGACAGGGGAUGGCUAUGGGCAUGCUCUACCUCCCGGGCAUGGCCGUCGUGCUGCAGCACUUCAAGAAGAACAGUGCUGUGGCGAUCGGUAUCGCCUUCACUGGAUCCUCAAUCGGCGGUAUCGUCUUCCCGAUCAUGAUCAACAAUAUCUUCAACGACGUAGGCUACGUGUGGGGUGUCCGCGCAGCAGGAUUUUAUGUCCUCGGCGCGACCGUAUUCGCCAAUCUGCUCAUCAGGCCUCAAUAUGCUCCAAAGCACACCCAGCAACCUGCACCUAACAUCGCUACCUUCCUCAAGGACCCGCCGUACAUCUGCGCAGUGGCGGGCGCAGCAUGUGUCGCUUUUGGUCUUUUCUUCGUCUAUUUCUACAUCCAGCUAUACACCCUUACCCGGGGCGGCAUCUCCCAGAACUUCUCGUUCUAUACCCUCGCGAUCGUCAACGGUGCAUCUAUCUUCGGUCGUACGAUCCCCAAUAUAUUCGCGGACAAGAUCGGGAUUACGAAGGUGCUGAUGCCCAUGAGUUUCCUCUCCGGAGCGCUCGUGUUCGUUAUGUUUGGACUGCAUAACGUAGGCGGGAUCACCAUUUUCUGUAUUCUAUACGGCUUUAUCACCGGAGCCUACGUAUCCAUGUCCGGUCCUUUCUUCGCAGCCAUGGCAGACCACAUGGGAGAAAUGGGUGCCCGCAUGGGUCUCGCCCUCGCCCUCGUCGGCAUCGCGGCGCUAGUCGGUACACCGAUCGACGGUGCCCUUCUCGGCAACGGGCCUGAGUACAGCUGGUCCAGAGCAAUCGUCUUCACUUCUGUGAUGAUGAUUGGCGGAACGUGUAUCAUGACCGUGGGCGCGUGGCUGCUGGCUAAGAAGAGGGGCAAGUGGGUGUAAUUACUUGGAUGGUAAUGGAGAAAAAGACCGCAACGGUCUCGGUUGUAGCCUUAUUUUAUUUGCAAUUCAUGUGGUACCUGUCGCGGACAAUCCAA